UCACAGUUUAAUACCAUGUCCCUUAUCGCUAGAAACGUUUUUCGCACCUUAGUGCAGGGUUCCCAGCACGUAGGAAAGGGUCUGCACACGACGAACGCGGUAAACGCCGACAAAAAUGUAUGUUUUGCGUCGCAUACGAUCAGCUCCCUGCAACCGAAUGCAAACAAGGAGGGUCGCAUCAAAUGCACGCUCAUCCCCGGCGAUGGCGUCGGCCCUGAGCUCGUGUACUCCGUACAGGAAGUUUUCAAGGCGGCGGGCUGCCCUGUGGACUUCGAGACGUUCUUCUUUUCCGAAGUGAACCCGACGCUGAGCGCACCGCUUGAGGAUGUCGUCAACUCCAUCGCCAAAAACAAAGUUUGCAUUAAGGGUAUUCUCGCAACGCCUGACUUCUCUCACACCGGUGAACUGCAAACUCUCAACAUGAAACUACGCAACGCUCUAGACCUUUACGCCAACGUAGUACACGUGAAAUCAUUGCCCAACGUGAAGUGCCGUCAUCACGACGUCGACUGUAUUAUCAUUCGAGAGCAAACAGAGGGAGAGUACUCUGCGUUGGAACACGAAUCUGUACCUGGUGUUGUGGAAUGCCUUAAGAUCAUCACAGCCGCGAAAUCUGAGCGUAUUGCUAAGUUCGCGUUCGACUAUGCCGUGCGAAUGGGCCGCAAAAAGGUCACAUCUGUGCACAAGGCCAACAUUAUGAAGCUGGGUGACGGUCUCUUCUUGAGGAGUUGUGAAGAGAUGGCAAAACUGUACCCCCGCAUCCAGUUCGAGAAGAUGAUCGUCGACAACUGCACGAUGCAGAUGGUGUCCAACCCCAAUCAGUUCGACGUGAUGGUGACGCCCAACCUUUACGGCAACAUAGUCGACAACCUGGCCAGCGGCCUGGUGGGUGGCGCCGGCGUCGUCGCCGGAGCCAGCUACAGCAUGGACUGCGCUGUAUUUGAACAGGGGGCGCGCCACGUGUUCUCCGGUGCCGUGGGCAAGAACAUCGCCAACCCCACGGCCAUGCUGCUGUGCUCCGCCAAUGCGCUGGCGCACGUCAACCUUCACUCCUACUCCAAGAUGAUCAAGAACGCCAUCAACAAAGUACUACAAGACGGUAAAAUAAGGACGAAGGACCUUGGCGGACAGUCGACUACGAAAGAUUUCACCAACGCCGUCAUUCAUUUCCUUGAUCACUAAAUAAUGUGGUCGAUAGAGUCUAAAUUGGACUAACUCGGGUUUACUUGGACACCUCAGUUUUAGAUCAGGCAUUAAGAAUUUUAUAAAGUAACUAUGUAAAAAACGACCACUCUUUUUUGGUGGCUGUACCGUAGGGUAAGAGUCUGAUAUUCAAGUACAUGAAUAUGUAUUUAAAAUAUAUGAAUAUUUUGUAUUAUUAUUAACACACACUAAAAGAUGUACAGUUUUUACUACACAGGUUGGUACAAUCCUGUAUAGUAAACCUGUAUAGCAAAACUUUAUAG